AUGUAUCGAGCCUGGGUGGGGACCUGGAAACCCCAUCGCCCCCGGGGCCCUGUAAUGGCCCAGUUCACUAGCCCGGGACCCAAGUACUCAAUCCCAGGGACAACAGGUUACCUGAAACAUGAUCCUACCAAAAAGCAAGCCCCUGCCUACACAUGGGGGAGGGCAAAACCUCCUGCGAAAGAGGACUGCUCUCCAGGCCCUUGCUACCACGUGGGGUCCUCCACGACCAGGACGGGCAGGCAUGUUGCUCCAGGAUAUACUAUGUGUGGCCGUCCCAAGGUGACCACGGAGAUCACACCUGGGCCAGGUGAUUACUCCCUGGAGAAGUCAAAAAAUCACAUCUAUAAAUGUGCUCCCGCACACUCCAUGUCAUUCAGGCACGAGACCACCGAUGUAGACAUCACUCCAGGCCCCGAUGCCUACACAGUCCCGAGGGUGAUGGGACCGAACACAGCGUACACAGCUGCCAGCCCGUGCUAUUCCAUGAAAUGGAGGAGUAAACUCGGCCUCUGUGAGGAAGACCUCUGUAAAACUCCAGGGCCUGCUGCAUACCGGAAGACAGAACUGGAUGUAUAUAAAACAAGAGCUCCCAAGUACACUAUAGGAACCCAUAGUAAACCCAUAGAAGAUGAAACAGUAAAACCAGGGCCUGCAGACUACUACAUAGGAAAGGUGACGCUGACCAAGCCGCAAGCUCCUGCGGUCAGCUUUGGCAUCCGGCAUUCGAAGUACACAACCCCUCUGAUCCUGGACACCUGAUCACCUCCGUGCAAGCUGCACUUGGAAACCGCACUUACUUGCCUGCAUCGGGUUGCUUCACGUUUUAAAAUCAAAGGAUUUAGUACAGCUUUCCUCAGGCCUGCAAUCAUCCAUCGUCAGCCAGUUAACUGCAUUCUGCUAAACAACUGUGAGCACAUGAAUUCAGAGAGCGAUUACUCAUGGUAUUGCACCACAUCCUGUUACUACCAAAGGACUUUUUGCAUGCUUGCUCCUAUUCAAAUAGAAGAUAGCACCAUUGUGCCCUCAUGACUGAAUCUUACAUGCUAACGCUGAUGAAUGCAACUGCUCGCACCUGGAUCCUACUGAAUGCAGGAACAUUACCUCAACACACACAUAAGACUUUCCAUUUCCUACUGAUAAGAUAAUCUUUUGAUUUGUGUUUAGACUUGUAGUGAUUUUAGCUGCCUGUUUUAUGUUUUUUCUAGUGUGUUAAUUGUGAUAUUAGCAUUUCAAGAAAAAUAAAACGUAAGAGUUAUUCUGUAUAUAAUGUGUCAAUACAACUGAGUUUGGCAAUCCAC